UAUCCCACCUAUCCCUGCCCUCUGGGUGCAUCUCCUCGUGUGCAGGCCCAUUGCAGGGGAUAAAGCUUUUGAGAUGAAGAAAAGGAAUUGUUCUGUCUUGUUCCAAGAUCCUUGGAAUGCUGGAAUUUGCUGAGCUGUUUCAUCCCACCCUUAAAUCAGCUGGGUGAACAUGCAGCAGUUUUCUCUGUCUUUCCAGCAGGUGAGGGAAAUGACUUCUCCUGUGACUCCUGCUAAACAGGGAUUCGUGUUUUCCUGCACAAAAGAUCCAUUAAUUGGGAAGGGAUUGUAUUUUACUGUAAUUGAUUUCCAUGGAGCUCCCAUUUUCCUCAGAUGAAGGAUUUUCUUUAUAUGACAAUGAACUCCAGGUACUGCUAAUGAGCUGCUCGCUGGAGCUGAAAAGGAGCAGGUUCUAUUUCUGCUGCUCUCCUCAUUUAUCUGCCUUUAUUCAAGAAAUAAUCUGAUUUUCCAGCUCUUUUUGAGGGUCUGAUCUUCCUAUUUAACGUGGGAUGUGGGGCAAUGACCUCCAGGACUCAGCUGUGGGGAAUUACCAUUUUCCCCAGAGUUAAAUGGGGAAAAGCACCAGGCUCUGGUGUUUCCAGGAGGAGUGGGAGAGGAAUCCCUUGCAGGAUUAAGGAAUGGAUCCAGCUGCUGUGUCCUACACUCAGCUCAUCCAGGGGGUGGCUCCUGGACUGAUCCUUUUCCAUGAGCAGCCACCAGCACCAAGAAAAGGAUCCCUGAACAUCAGGAGAGAACAAAAUGUAGGGAAGGAAAGUGUAAUUACCAAAGCUGGAAUUAGUCCAGGGUAGGAAUUAAUAACGCUGAAAUUAAUAAAAGGUUUAAUUACCACAAGCCCACAGGGCAUGAAAUUCUACUCUUUUCGAUUGUAGCCCAGAUCCUUCCAUUCCAUACUGGUGCUUCCUGCAAAAACCUUAUUUUGCUUUUUUUGGACUGAUUUAGUGCUUUUUUCCCCCCAAAUAUAACUCAAAACACUGAAGUGGUUUGGAAAAUGGGAGUUGAGGCUUGAGCCCUCCUUGUCUUUGUGGUAAAUACAUUUCAGGACAGCCUGAUGUAUCCAUAAUGUUUAAAUAACUCCAGGAUGGCUUUAGGGACUGCUUGACGUGUUCCAAAUCUGCUUUUGGAGUGUUCUCUCCAUCCUGAAGUGGUUUUGUUGCAGUGACGAGGAGUAGGGCUCUGUGUAGGGUUACUCACUGAGUUAGGGGUGCUCACACGCACUGGGGGUGAGGAAGGGUCUGCAGCCCUGGGAUCGAGGGUGGGAGAAGUUUGGGAGAACUUCCUGGGUGUGUAUUUCAGUGCAGAAAAAGGAAUGGAUUUUGCUAAACCCCUUCUCAGGGUUUCCAGCAGAGCGCGGUGGCACGGGAGGAGCAGGAAUGGUUUGGGAUUGCACAGCAGCCAAGGAUUCCGUUCCUGCUUUCCUCAGCUGCUUCGGGAGCCUGUGGAAGCUGCUGGAGCCCUGCUGCUGUGGGGGAUCCAGGGAUAAUGCCCCUUUCCCAAGGGAAUCCGACCCAGGUGACCCCACCUGAGCCCAGGCUGGGGCUCACUUCCCGCUGGGCUGGGGACCAGCCUUGGCUCGGGGCUUCCAUGGAUGGGUUUGGGUUUUGUGGCUCCCCACAGCUCAUUUUCCCAUAAACACGUGCUUGUGGCUGGGCUUGGCGUGUUCCCUUCUGUCCCAGAGUGGGGAACAGCUGCAGGAUUGAGGUUUGGUCAUUCCACUGGCAAAUCCCACCUUUUCAUUCCAGAAAGGCACCACAAGAACUGCGCAGUGCAGACUCCGGAUAUCCCUCAGGAAAACUGGUUUUAAUGAACCUCAAUCCGGAGAAUAAUUCCCAGGAACAUUCCCCCGAAUGCUGCUGGUGUCACAGUCCUGCUUUUCCUCCCUUUUUCCCUCAGUAUGCUGCUUGGAGAUGACAACCAAAAGGAAAAUCAUCGGCCGCCUGGUGCCGUGCCGGUGUUUCCGUGGGGAGGAGGAGAUCGUCUCCGUGCUGGAUUAUUCCCACUGUGGCCUGCAGCAGGUGCCAAAGGAGGUUUUCAGCUUCGAGCGGACCCUGGAGGAGCUUUACCUCGAUGCCAACCAGAUUGAGGAGCUUCCCAAGCAACUGUUCAACUGCCAAGCCCUGCGGAAGCUGAGCAUUCCCGACAAUGACCUGUCCAGCCUCCCAACGUCCAUCGCCAGCCUGGUCAACCUCCGGGAGCUCGACAUCAGCAAAAAUGGAAUCCAAGAUUUCCCAGAAAACAUCAAGUGUUGUAAGUGUUUAACGAUAAUCGAAGCCAGCGUGAAUCCCGUGUCCAAGCUGCCAGAUGGCUUCACACAACUUCUAAAUUUGACCCAGCUCUAUCUAAAUGAUGCCUUUUUGGAGUUUCUUCCAGCUAACUUUGGAAGACUUGUCAAAUUGCGAAUUUUGGAGUUAAGAGAAAACCACUUGAAAACUCUACCAAAGUCAAUGCACAAACUGACUCAGCUGGAGAGGCUCGAUCUGGGCAAUAAUGAGUUCUCUGAGCUGCCUGAGGUUCUCGAACAAAUCCAGAAUCUAAAGGAGUUGUGGAUGGACAAUAAUUCCUUGCAAGUGCUACCUGGGUCUAUAGGGAAGUUAAAACAGCUCGUGUACCUGGAUGUGUCAAAAAACAGGAUAGAGACGGUCGACCUGGACAUCUCGGGCUGUGAGGGGCUGGAGGAUCUCCUCCUCUCCUCCAACAUGUUGCAGCAGCUGCCAGAUUCCAUAGGAUUGUUGAAGAGACUGACAACUCUGAAGGUGGAUGACAACCAGCUCACAAUCCUGCCCAACGCCAUUGGAAACUUGUCCUUGCUGGAGGAAUUCGACUGCAGCUGCAACGAGCUGGAGUCGCUGCCCUCCACCAUCGGGUACCUGCACAACCUGCGCACCCUGGCCGUGGACGAGAACUUCCUGCCGGAGCUGCCCAGAGAGAUUGGGAGCUGUAAGAACGUGACUGUGAUGUCCCUGCGCUCCAACAAACUGGAAUUUCUUCCUGAUGAGAUUGGCCAGAUGCAGAAGCUGAGGGUGUUAAAUCUGAGUGAUAACAGACUGAAGAAUUUGCCCUUCACUUUUACCAAACUCAAGGAACUGGCAGCCUUGUGGCUUUCUGACAACCAGUCCAAGGCUCUGAUCCCGCUGCAGACGGAGGCGCAUCCUGAGACCAAGCAGCGAGUGCUCACCAACUACAUGUUCCCCCAGCAGCCCCGCAGCGAUGAGGAUUUCCAGUCAGACAGUGACAGUUUCAACCCCACUCUGUGGGAGGAGCAGAGGCAGCAGCGAAUGACUGUGGCCUUUGAAUUCGAAGACAAGAAGGAAGAGGAGGAAAAUCCAGGGAAAGUUAAGGUGGAGAUAAAUCUCAAGCGUUACCCCACUCCAUACCCCGAGGAUUUAAAGAAUAUGGUCAAAUCUGUGCAAAACCUGGUGAGCAAACCCAGCCUGGGAGUGCGGCCCGAGAACUCGGCCCCAGCUGCCAACACUGACCCCACUGGCAAGGACAAGUACGAACACAAGUGGCCCCUGACCCCCAAGGAGAUCUCAGUGGAGGUUCAAGAGAAAGAAACCAAAGAAUCCCCCAAGAGCCCCCUGCCUGACCCUGAGAACACCCCGAAAUCACCUCUGGAAGCCCCAGGCAGGGAGGACAAAGCCCAAAGCUCAGAGGAUGCCUUUGGACAUCCUGGCAGUGAGAUGAGGAUAGGGGAGCUCCGUCCUUCCAUGCCCGAGACGCCGCUGUACCCCCCCAAACUCGUCCUGCUGGGUAAAGACAAGAAAGAGUCGACAGAUGAGUCUGAAGCAGAUAAGAUCCAUUGUCUGAAUAACAGCGUUUCCUCAGGCACUUACUCAGACUAUUCCCCUUCCCAGGCUUCCUCAGGGUCUUCCAACGCGCACGUAAAAAUGGGCUCCCUGCAGACCACGGCUAAAGAAGCAGUGAAUAACUCUUUGUGGGGGAACAGGCUGGCCCAGUCGUUCCCACAGCCCCUGGAGACCAAGCCAUUGCUGAGCCAGCGGGAAGCGGCUCCGGCCGGGAACGUUCCGGCGCGCCCGGAGCGGCGCCCGCUGAGCGACGCCUUCACCGACAGCUGGAACGACGGCUCCCACUAUGACAACACGGGAUUCGUGGCCGAGGAGAGCGCAGCAGAGAACUCCAGCACCAACCCCCUGCUGAGCACCAAAUCCAGGAGCUCCUCCGCGCACGGGCGCCGGCCGCUGAUCCGGCAGGACAGGAUCGUGGGGAUCCCCCUGGAGCUGGAGCAGCCCGCGCUCAGAAACACACACGACUCUGAAGUGCCUCCUCCCAAUCCUUGGCAAAAUUGGACCAGAACCCCCAGUCCUUUUGAAGACAGGACAGCUUUUCCUUCCAAACUGGAAAGCACCCCCAACACCAGCCCUUUGCCUGAGCGGAAAGAUCACAUCAAGGAGUCUCCCGAAAUGACAGGCACUUUCACUCCAGGAAUUCCAUGGGAAUAUCACGACUCCAACACUAACAGAAGCCUCACGAAUGUCUUUUCCCAUAUGCACUGUCGCCCAGACCCUUCCAAAAACGUCAUCUCCAUCAGCAAGAGCACGGAGCGGCUCUCCCCGAUGAUGAGGGAUUUAAAAACGAACAAGUUUAAGAAGUCGCAGAGCAUCGACGAGAUCGACAUCGGUGCGUACAAGGUGUACAACAUCCCCCUGGAAAACUAUGCAUCCGGGAACGAUACCGUGGGCCCCCACGAGAGGGUGGACAAGCUGCUGGGCCCAGAGCACGGCGUGCUGAGCAUGUCCCGCAGCCAGUCCGUGCCCAUGCUGGACGACGAGCUGCUGACCUACGGCAGCGUCAAGGUGCAGCCGCAGCACAAGGCGUCGGUCACCAAGAAGGUUUAUCAGUUCGACCAAAGCUUCAACCCGCAGGGCGCCGUGGAGCUCCCGGCUGACAAGCGGCUCCUGCCACCCUUCCAGCUCAACGCCGAGUACCUGCCCCAGCCGGCCAAGAGCCUGCCCCAGGAGCUGGUGAGCCCGCGGGGCUACCGCGGCUACGCACCCGUGGAGCCCAUGUUCUCCUUCUCGCAGCCCUCGGUCAGCGAGGAGCCGACGCCGGCCCCGUUCCCCGGCCCGGCCACGCGGCCCGGCUUCCUGCGCAGGGCGGAUUCGCUGGUCAGCUCGGCGGAGAUGUCCGUGUUCCGCAGGGUGGGCGAGCCCCAGGAGCUGCCCCCGGCGGACAGGUACGGCCGGGCCCCGUUUCGCGGCGCCCCGGAGCGCCAGGGCAGCAUGGCCGUGCCCGAGGCUCAGUUCCUCAAGCGCAACGGGCGCUACGAAGACGAGCACCCUUCCUACCAGGAAGUGAAAGCCCAGACUGGGAGCUUCCCAGUUAAAAACCUCACGCAAAGGAGGCCCUUGUCCGCACGAAGCUACAGCACAGAGAGCUACGGCACGGCCCAAACGCGGCCGGUCUCAGCGAGGCCCACCAUGGCAGCUCUGCUGGAAAAGAUUCCGUCAGACUAUAACUUGGGUAACUAUGGCGACAAGCCUUCCGAUAGCAGUGAUAUAAAGCCGAGGCCUCCCCCUGGGAAGGGAAAUGAGAGCUGUGCUAAAAUGCCUGCUGACUGGAGACAACAGCUACUUAGACAUAUAGAAGCUAGAAGGUUAGACAGGAGCGCUGCUUACAAACACCACACAGUUAGCCUUGGCAUGCUGCACUCUGGAGGGGUUUCAGCCAUGCAUGCCGGCCGAAGCAUGACUUUAAACUUGCAGCCUAAAUCUAAAUUUGAAAACCAAAUGCUUCAAGAGCUACCUCUACCGAAAACCCCGUCGCAGCAGAGCAGCCUCCUGGACAACGGGCAGGACGAGGUGGCCGUGGGCAGCCCCUGGACCCCGUACCCGCUGGGCCGGCGGGACGUGCCCCCCGACACCGUCACCAAGAAGGCAGGUAGCCACAUCCAGACCCUGAUGGGAUCCCAGAGCCUGCAGCACCGGAGCCGGGAGCAGCAGUACGAGGGCGGCAUGAACAAGGUCACCAUCCAGCAGUACCAGCCCCCCCUGCCCAUCCAGAUCCCGUCCUCCCAGAGCUCCCGGGCCCCCCAGCCCCAGCGGUGCCUCAUCCAGACCAAGGGCCAGCGCAGCACGGACGCCUACCAGGAGCAGUUUUGUGUGAGGAUAGAGAAGAAUCCUGGCCUUGGGUUUAGUAUCAGUGGUGGAAUAAGUGGACAAGGGAAUCCGUUCAAACCCUCAGAUAAGGGUAUCUUUGUUACUAGGGUUCAGCCUGACGGCCCCGCCUCCAGCCUGCUCCAGCCCGGAGACAAGAUCCUCCAGGCCAAUGGACACAGCUUUGUACACCUGGAACACGAGAAGGCUGUGCUCCUACUGAAGAGUUUCCAGAACACAGUAGACUUAGUUAUCCAACGUGAGCUUACUGUCUAAAUAUUUUUUUAUAAAUAGUAAAUAUGUCUAGCCAGAUCUAAUGUUCAAACAGAUUUAUACAUAGGAAACCAAUUUUUUGCCAAUUGCUGGACCAAUGGCAAACAGUAGUGCCAAAUGUAUAAUACUCUAUGUUAGUACCAAUCAUCGGGAGAAAAUAUAAGAAUUAACUCUAUAAAUAUAUUGUUCAUGUGGCUCCGUAUUAGUUUUACUUGUCAGCCUCUGGCUGUGCAUUGGUGCGUUUUUUUAACCAAGUUCCUUCUUAAAAGUCAAUUUCAUAUGAUUUCAAAACACAGAAGCACAUACAAAUCCUUUAGGAAUUCUGCUGUCCAUCAGAAACACUGCCUCAAAGUUGUAUAUGCCUUUAUAAAGAUGAAAUAUAUUAACCUGUACUUCCCAUGAAAUAUUUCUAUCAUGUCGCAUACGAAAGUAUAGAGAAGAAAAUAUUUUCAUAAACACCUCAAAGAAAGUAUAUAUUAAAUUAAAUUUAAUAAUGUUCAUUUAUUUUCAAUGCAAAGAUAUUCUAUGCCUUAUGAAAAUACCUGUACAUAUGCCGUGUGUAUAGCUGGCUCCGUAGGGAUCAGGAACAAUUCACUAUACAGGGUGAGAGACUUCUCCAAUUGUAACUCUGGGACCUCGGGACAAGGAACCCACAUGGGAAUGGGAUAACUCCCUCUGGAAUGGGAUAACUCCCUCUGGAAUGGGUGAACUCCCUCUGGAAUGGGCCAGGUUGGACGGGGCUUGGAGUAGCCUGGGCCAGUGGAAGGCGUCCCUGCCCAUGGCAGGGGUUAAACAAGAUGAGCUCCAAGGUCCCUCCCAACCCAGCCCAUUCCAUGGUUCUAUGAUUCCAACUCCCUCUGGAAUGGGUUAACUCCCUCUGGAAUGAGUUAACUCCCUUUGCUUUGGCUCUUCCCUCGAUUCCAUGUGCACACACUACAGGAGAACACCGAGGACAGGCAGGUUUGGCUCACGGAUGGAGGAAGGUUGUGAUGGUGGCAGUAAAACUCCUUUUGUUGCUGCUAAUUUUACGCUUUAAUUUUUCAUUUCAGAUUGCCCAUUUACAUUGUUGUGUAUUUUCCCCCCUGCUCCAGGCCCUGACGGGCCCUGCUCGGGAUAUUCCCGUGGGUGAGGCUUUCUGGGAUCCUUGAUUGGAGUCCUUGAGAGGGAUGGGCACAGGUGUCAGAGCUGACACAUCCCAGGGAGCAGCAGGUGCCCCUGAGCCAGCCUGGGAGGAGCAUUCCCAGCACAGGGUCAGUGGGACAAGCCCUGGUGUCCAGGUCCUGGGGCUGUUCCCAACGGGGAAUCCCAAACCCCAGACCAUGCCCAGCUGUUGCUGCUUCUGGGGUUCCGGGGUCCAGCUUGGGUAUCCCUGACAGCAAUAUGGGAAAAGCCAGGGAAAGCCCCCUGCAGGUGUUUUUAGGGGAUCCCACUGCCCUUGAGCAAUGGCCAGGGGCUGAGGGACAGCCGGCUCCGGGAUCACCGGCACCAUUCCCACCCAAAUCCCACAUCCAAGGGUGCAGCCACAGCCCACGGACACGCCCAGGGAUGUUCCACUUCUCUAAGAAUUCCCAAACCUUCCCUCUCUGCCUGUGGGACCUGGGGAGCUGCAGACACAGGGAAGCCUCCAGGACCUUCCACUCCUAAUAAUUUCCCAUUUUCCCAGUGCCAGCUCACAGUUCCUACCCAGGUGAUGGCAAACCAGGAGAGUUCUCAGCCAGUUGUUCCCAACAGCGACCAUUUAACAUCCUCGAAUCCGGUUUCAUGUUAUCCAAGGUAUUUUUUAACACAUCCAUGUCUGCAUCUGUGUUUGGUGGCAGUGCCAGCCCUGGGAGGGGACAGGGGGCUCCACGCAGGAAGCAGGCAGGACAAGGCUGAGGGUGAAUGGGGCAGCUGAGAGCAGAGCCAAGGAAAUCCAGGAAAAAUCUGAGUAGGAAAUGCCCAGGAGGUUGGUUUGCUCUUGGUAGUGAGCACUUGGAGUAUAAAGAUGUUGCUUGGUUAAAGCCCUUUCCAGUGCCUAAAGGGGCUCCAGAAGAGCUGGAGAGGGACUGGGGACAGGGGAUGGAGGGACAGGACACAGGGA